ACUUUGAAGUCGUCGCGAAGACUUUGAGAGAUAGAGACAGAGGGAGAGGUUACUUACUAUAGAAAUGGCAAAGGUACAAGCGAUUUUAACAUGCGAAGGAAUACACAGACGAAGAAGAAGACGAUCUUUAUUGACCAUCAUUGCUUUCUUUCAAUUUGUACCUUUGGUUUAUCAUUAUUAUCAAACACCAUGGCUCGCAUCUUCAUCUUGUGGCUUCACGGUUUGGGAGAUUCUGGACCUGCCAAUGAAUUCAUCCAAACACAAUUCCAAUCCGCGGAUUUGAAGAACGCUGUCUGGCUCUUCCCUUCUGCUCCAUUCAAUCCUGUUACCUGCAACAACGGUGCGGUGAUGCGCUCUUGGUUUGACGUCCCUGAACUUCCGUUUAAAGUGGGCUCUCGAAUUGAUGAAAGCAGCGUGGUUGCAGCAGUUAAGAGCGUGCAUUCCAUUAUAGACCAGGAGAUUGCUCAAGGAACCAAUCCUGAAAACGUUUUUAUCUGUGGAUUAAGCCAAGGAGGAGCAUUAACAUUGGCUAGUGUUCUUCUUUACCCAAAAACUAUUGGAGGAGGAGCAGUCUUAAGCGGAUGGGUUCCAUUCAGUUCUUCAAUCAUCAGUCAGUUUCCUGAAGAAGCUAAGAAGACACCAAUCUUGUGGUCUCAUGGCACUGAUGACAACCUUGUACUCUAUGAAGCUGGUCAAGCUGCUAUUCCUUUUCUCAACGAAGCAGGUGUUACCUGUGAAUUCAAGUCAUAUCCUGGUCUCGGGCACUCAAUCAGCAAUAAGGAGCUCAAGUAUAUAGAGUCAUGGAUCAAGAGACGGUUGAAGAGUUCGUCGUCGUCUACUUGUCUGCAACUUAAUUGUCUUAAAGAUUUGUUCCACUCAAGUUAAUAAUCCAUGUCUUCAUCUGCGAAAACAAGAAGAAGACUAUUCUCUAAGCCCAUUGUCUGGUUUGGUCUGUACUCUGGAGUGUUUUUGAAUACAUAGAGUUUGUGAUUGUAUUGAUUUGAAAAUAUGUAUAUGCACACAUUGGAAUACAUUUGCAAUCUUAAGCA